AGUGAGGCAGGACCUGGGGGAGGAGACAUGUGUAUCACGCUUUCGCUCAUGCUUCUGUGUUUCGCCUACCAAUUCCACCUCAUCAUGCACAUUGUUCCCGUGAACUGAACGAGCGCGCUGACACUACGACCAUCCAGCAUCUCUCCAGCACACCUUCCUUCAUCCACUGUGGAUCUGCUUGCGUUCGGAGAGAACUGGAGAGCCGGACACAAUAAACAACCGUAGCUUUGCGCGGGUCAUUAUUUAAUUCGUCAGACUUCAUGGGACGUGCUAUUAACGCGAAACGAUUUAAAGACCUACUCGUCGACGUAUUAUCCGUUUCUGCGCUUGGAGACAAUGUUUUAAAACAAACACUGGCGAGCGCGCUUCGCUUUAAAUGAGCUCAGAUUGGAGAGCCACUGGGAACCCAAGCAAGGAACUAACUUAAACUACGAAAUUGGAGAGCUCCAGCUACUGUGUUGGAUCAGAGACGACGACCACGGCUUUCGGGCCAUGAGUAGUUUUAAGGGCCAGGAUGUGGAAAAACAAGGCAUCAAGCUGCCAAAAAAAUGGAUUGAUUCCAAUGAAAAAAUCCCCACAGACCGUACGAUGGUCGUCGGAGGAGGAGACGCUUACGAUCCUGCAGGAGGUCCGAUGAGAAGACGGCGUCAGCGCUAUGUGGAAAAGGACGGCAAGUGCAACGUCCACCACGGAAACGUGCGCGAAACCUACCGUUACCUGACGGACAUCUUUACCACACUGGUGGAUUUAAAGUGGCGCUUCAAUCUCCUGGUCUUCACGUUGGUCUACACCACCACUUGGGUGUUUUUUGGCUUCAUUUGGUGGCUCAUUGCCUACACCCGUGGAGACCUGGACCACACAGAUGACAACGAGUGGACACCGUGUGUCAAUAACCUCAAUGGCUUCGUCUCAGCAUUCCUUUUUUCCAUCGAGACUGAAACCACCAUUGGUUAUGGGUACCGCGUCAUAACGGACAAAUGCCCCGAAGGCAUCAUUUUGCUUCUGGUGCAGGCCAUCUUGGGCUCCAUCGUCAAUGCCUUUAUGGUGGGCUGCAUGUUUGUGAAGAUCUCACAGCCAAAGAAACGUGCUGAAACGCUCAUGUUUUCCAACACAGCUGUGAUAUCUAUGCGGGACAGUAAGUUGUGUUUGAUGUUCCGCGUUGGUGACUUGCGUAACUCGCAUAUAGUGGAGGCCUCCAUCAGGGCCAAGCUCAUCCGCUCUAAACAGACCAAGGAGGGAGAGUUCAUCCCACUAAACCAGACAGACAUCAACGUGGGCUUUGACACGGGGGACGAUCGGCUAUUCCUGGUGUCUCCGCUGAUCAUUUGCCAUGAGAUCAACAAGAACAGCCCCUUCUGGGACAUCUCUCAGGAGCAACUGGCACGAGAAGAGUUUGAAAUAGUGGUCAUUCUGGAAGGAAUGGUGGAGGCCACAGGAAUGACAUGUCAAGCCCGUAGCUCGUACCUGAACUCAGAGGUGCUUUGGGGAGAACGUUUCACCCCUGUGCUCUCGCUGGAGGAGGGAUUUUACGAGGUGGAUUAUGACACGUUCCAUCACACCUACCCCGCUCCAACCCCUUCCUGCUCCGCCCGGGAGCUGGCAGAACUGGCAAAGAAAGGAGAAGCUAUCCCUUUGCCCCCUAUUUCACCUCCAGCAACCCUGGGAGAGCCCCCAAGUCCGGAGGAGAUGCCUGAGGAGGAGACAAAGGCAGACGAAGAAGCAGAAGCAGAAGCAGAAGAGACUGUUAGCAAUGGUGAUGUGAACAGAAUGGAGUGUGUGCAAGAAUGAAUUAAUGCAUUGCAAUCUCCGGUCUUCUGCUGCCCCUAUGUGGCAGACAGGAAUUUAUGGAGAUACAAAAACUCACUUCAGCCACAUAAACGCCACAUAAGCUGAGGAAUAGCUACAAAUCUAUAGGCCUAUAGGUCUGCAUUUUGCCAUUGACCCCACACUGGUACUGUUUUCAAGAAUAGAACAAAAAUGCAUACGGUAAAGUUUUUAAACUUUAGGCGCAAAAAUGCUUAAAACCUCUUUUAGCUUGAAAUUAAAUGCAGUUUAUUUAAAUAAGAUGUAUGUAUUGGCAGCUUUGUAAUGUGAUUGCUUAACACGCUACUGAGCUUGCAUUAUUGCUUUCCAGGUUUAUAAGUAUUUCUGAAUCCAGUUUAUUUAUAGAGAUUAAGAUUUAUCGUUUCAGAUGGUGCUUAUAGCUACACUACAGCAUUUCUGCCACAGGAUAACAAAAAAAGGGAAUUGUGACUUUAUCUCAAAACUCUGACUUUUUUCUUGCAAUUAUGAGGGGGAAAUGGAAGAAUUGCAAGAUAUAAGAUCUGAAUUGUGAGAUAUAAACUCACAAUUCUGAGAAGUUGUUAUUUAAAAAAGUCGCACUUCUAUUUACAGUUGAGGUCAAAAGUUUACACAUAUUUUGCAGAAUCUGCAAAAUGUUAAUUAUUUUAUAAAAAUAAGAGGGAUUAUACAAAAAGCAUAUAAUUUUUUUUAGUACUGACCUAAACAAGAUAUUUCACAUAAAAGAUGUUAGUCCACAAGAGAAAAUAAAAGUUACAUUUAUAAAAAUUACUCAGGUCCCAAAAAUUAUUUGGUUUUCAACUUUUUUGUGUAUUUGAACCCUUUCCAGCAAUGACUGAUCUCAAAUGAUUUUGAGAUCCACCUAUUCAAACUGAGGACAACUGAGGGACUCAUAUGCAACUAUAACAGAAGAUUCAAACGCUCACUGAUGCUCCAGAAGGAAAAAUGAAGCAUAAAGACCCAGGGGGUGAAAUUUUUUUUUAAUUUGAAGAUCAGGGUAAAUUUAACUUAUUUUGUCUUCUGGGGAAUCUUCUGUAGCUUCUGAAGGGCAAUACUAAAUGAAAAAAAUAUGGGUUCAAAUACCCAAAAAUGCUGAAAAACCAAAGAAUUUGUGGGAGCUGAAGGAUUUUCCUGAAGAUCAUUCAGGUAACAACACAGUAUUAAGAAGCAAAUGUUUGUAAACUUUUGAACAGGUCAUUUUUAUAAAUUCAAUUAUUAUUUUCUCUUGUGGACUAUAGCCUAUGUAAAUGUAUUUUAUGUAAAAUAUAUUAUUUAGGUCAGUACAAAAUAAAAAAUAACAUGCAUUUUGUAUGAUCCUGCACAUUUUGCAGAUUCUGCAGUGUUUCUGCCAUGGGAUAAAAAAUUUAAAAAGUAAUUGCGACUUUUUAUCUCAUAAUUGUGACUUUAUCUCACAACUUUUUUUCUUGCAUAAUCUCAUAAUUCUAACUUUUUUCUCACAGGUCUAAGAAAAAAUGUAGAAUUGCAAGAUAUAAUACAUGAGAUGAGAUGUCGCAAUUACAUUUUUUUAUUUUUUAUUUCAUAAAUUUUUUAUUUAAAAUGUACACUUGGAAUUUUGAGAAAAAAAAAUCUGAAUUACGAGAUGAACACAGAAUUGCAAGACGUAAGAUCAGAAUUGCAAGGGAAAAGGUCAGAAUUCUGAGUAUAUAUCUCACAAUUAUGACUUUUUUCUCAAAAUUCUAAGAAAGGAAGUCUAAAGUUUAAGAUAAACUGCAGUUUCCUGAGCCCUAAGCUGCAGUUUCCUUUUUUGUUGUUUUUUUUUUCUCAUGGCAGAAUCAAGCUUCUCUAUCAUUUUCUGUGUAAAACUGCUGAUAAAAACUAACAAAAAAACAUGUUUUUCAUUUAACUAAUGAAGGACACUGCAUUCCCUAUAAAGGGCGCGCUGAAUAUGCAUAGAAUAUGCUUCAACUUGCACAUCAUGUAUGGAACUAUACACAUGCUGUAUAGAAUAAUAGUAGAUUUCUGUGUUAGCAAACAGCGACCUCUGCUGUUAGCAGACCUCACAAACAACUGACUGACAAUUUCAGUGAGAUUUGCCAAAGGGUUAAUGGUGGGAUAUCAUUAUUUAAUUUCUUCGAAUGAUGGAUAUGUAACAGUAAAAGCUGGAUAUUAACACCCAACAAACAAACGCACAAUGUAAGUGUUGCUUAUUCAUUUUAUUUGAAAUGUAUGAAAUGUACUGUAGCUACUGUUUUUGUUAAUUUUGUCAUUUUCGAUAGGCUAUCUUCUGUCUGUCAUUAAUAACUCUGCUUUAGAAACACCCUCACUGUUAUUUCUAACUCGUCUUUAGUUCUUUUGUUUGUUUGUUAGUUUUUUUUUAACAUUAGAUUUAUUAAAACGUUUCUGUUUUAUUUUACAAUAAAGUGAUUAAAUAAAAGA